GUGUGUGUGUGUGUGUGUCUGUGUGUGUGUGAAGUCAACGCACAGCAAAGAGAAACAGACAGAAAGGAAGGACUACGUUAGAGGUUGAUCUGAAGGGGAAAAUAUUUAGACAAACACUUGAGACGGUGGUGAGCGAAAGAGCAAAAAAAGUCAGAGAGAACAAUGAAGAAAAUCAGAAGAGCGACUAGUACCCGAAAACGUGAACAACAGAGGAUGAACAUGAUGAACAUCUGUGGAAAGAAAAUUAAGCGACAAGGACUGGUACUCUAGCUGCACCCAGAGAGUCAUCAUGGAUGACCGUUUAUCCACUCAGUCCUUCCCCAGCCUUCCCCACCAUCGCCACCACCAAUCCUUUCACCUCACUUUGCCCAGUCAUCAAAGCCCCGAACUGGGAUACCAUUCCUCUCAGCCUGUCCUCGCCCCGCUGGAACAAUAUGCAAGUAGAGGAGAAGAAUCCACGACCUCCCUCCCGCCUACAAGCACGUCUUCGGGUGGAAGGAGGAGUGGGGGUGACAGGGGCUUGAUAAACACAAGUAAUAGCAGUUUGGAUGGAGAUGUAAACUUGGGCGGCCAUCUUGGUGGAGAUAGUGGGCUAGGCAGUCAUUUCAGUGACACUUGGUUUGGCAGUAGCAAGAAGGAGAACGUUUGGGAAGAUGGCGAGAGUUGUGAAAGCGUCACAGAUAAUUUUUAUAGCAAAAACGAUUGCUACAAUAACUCAGUUGAUGUUUUUCACAGCAUGAAUUGUGGCAAUGAGGAAGGAGUCAAGCGUAGACCCAGAACAAACUAUAAUCAUUAUGCCCAUGUCUGCUAUGAAACUAAAAGCGAAACAGUUUGCAAUAGGGAGGAUAAUGUUAGCCACUUUUCUAAACAAACUCCUUCCUAUAACAGAAGUGCAACAGGAAGCUUCAGUGACGGCAGUGUAGAUUAUUGUGUGACCGAUGCAAGAGUAAGUGAUAAUUAUUUAGGAAGAGAAGAUGAUUAUGGCUCCAACUGUGGCUCAGGGGAGGAUCAGCUUCAACCAGCAGAGGUUGAGGCACGCUGGCUCAGUGUAUCUCCCUUGAGUCAGACCGGAGAGAACAGGUGGAGAGAAAAAGCAGACACCCACACUCUGGCCUCAGCAUGCUUACCACAGAGAUCAUCCAUCGGCGUCAGCAGUGGCACAUACACUCAGAAACUGGACUCCUUCUCCGAGGCAUUCCUCACCCAACGAAAGCGAAUAUUUCCUGUGAUUCCCACUGGAGAUUCCUCUGGGCAGAUCUGGGAUUUUGGAUUAGGGAGAGGAGAAAGCCCUGGAUUGGUCAAGUCAGGACACAGCUGUGCUUUUGAUUCAGACUCCUACCUGCCUCCCUCCUCCUCCUCUUCUUCACCCGCUCAUCCUUCUCUUGUGUCAUUCCCCUCUCCUCCCACAUCAUCUCAUCUCAUGUCUUCCGUUCUUAGUCCUCCUCCCACACCUCUACCGCCUCCUUCCCACUCACCCUCCAAAAUGGACUCUCCCAGUGCAUUUGGGGGUGUUGGACAUCCAGUGUCCCAGGGCGGAGAAGCACUUGGUGCGCUCCAGUUUUUUGCUUCCCGUCUUCAGUCUCUCCCAUCCAUCCAUUCCUCUGGGAUAAUAUGGAAGUUUCCACUGCUGGCACACAGCUUUUCACAGUCUUCCGGUGACCCCAGCAACAUCGAGAGCAACCUGAGAUCUUCUCAUAGUGGUGACUAUGGCAACACCACAGCCUCACAAAACAUCAUUAAGUCUCCAGAAUCAUCAUUCCUCACAUCGUUCCACCCACCAAGUACCCUCUGUCCCUCCAAUACUCCAUCCCUCCAUCCUUCGUUCCAUCUUCCAUCUCACCGUUAUGAGGCAGCAGAAAAGAUGACCCCUUAUGUGGCGACCCAGAGAGCAAAGAAUGGAUCAGCCAAUCCGAACCAAACACAGCUACUGCAACAGGCCUCCCAGAUCUAUGCUGGAACUCCAUUUCCCAGCAUCCUUCACUCAGGCAGGCGUCAAAAGAGAAGCCACUACACUCCUCGACCCCUCCUCAAUCCUGCUCGUAAGGGGAAAGGUCUGUACUCUUCUAUCUCAUGUCUCCACCACAGAGAAGAGGAAACAGCAUGCCGAGAAGAUGAAGAUGAGGGUGGUGUUUUACCGUAUAUCAACGUGGGUCAUGAUUUCCAGGCAGAGCUCCCUCCAUGCUUUGUGGGUGACGGGGAUUCAGUGGUGGGGUCACCAGAGCAGGAAUCCCCUCGGGAACAGUUGCUCUGGAAACCGUGGGAUGAGCUGGAGGAGAGUACCAAUGUACAAGACCAAGUGGAGAAGCUGUUGUCCAUGUGUAGUUCCAGCUGUUUACCAGGAGGGGGCAGUAACACAGAGCUGGCUCUGCACUGUCUGCACUACUGUCAGGGAAACACAGUGGCCACAGUGGAGAUGCUGCUGUUCUCACAGCUCUCACCAGCAGGAGACUACCACUACUCUGGUAGUGAUUUUUGGACAGACAAUGAAAAGGGUCUCUUCAGUGCAGCUCUGGGAGCAUAUGGAAAAGAGUUUUCACUCAUACAGAAAAUGGUGAAGACUAAGACCGUGUGCCAGUGUGUUGAAUUUUUCUACCUGAGCAAGAAGCUCCAGGACAAGCAGAAGAAACAGAAGGAGGACGAGAACAGAGAUGAGGAGAUGGAUCAGCAGAAAAGUAUAACGCCCACCUACCAGCCAAUGAAGAGACAGUUUGGGCUGGAGGAGGCAGUUCCUGUACCUCCAUUGGCCAGCUUCUUCCCCUGCAAACUGUGUGGCAAGAUGUUCUACAAAAUCAAGUCUCGCAAUGCUCACAUGAAGAUCCAUCGCCAGCCGCAGGAGGAUUGGUCCGACAGGCAGCUGCAGCACCAGCUCCUCACCCAGCGUCUAGGUAGUAAUCUGCUCCCGCCCAAGGCCCCAUCCCGGAGCUUUUCCUCCUCUGGCCUCCCUGGAACCACAAGCAACAACAGCAAUGCAGAGAAUGUCCUCAACUCUCUGACUAGUAGCAACGCUAUUUCCCCCAACAAUGCCUGUGUCCCAGAUCCCAGCACUGUGGUAACAUAUAGCAACAUUGCUGCGUCCAACUGUCAUGCAAUCAUUAAUACUGAUGGCACAGACUCAAAUCAAAGAGAGCCAACCACUGUGUUACCUUUCCACCAAUCAUGGAGCUCAUUUGGACCCGGUCCCGACCCCGCUACUUUCUACUGCAACACAGAAGGGAAAGACGACACAGGGUCAGGGACAGUGGCGGGAAAAGAUUCAAUUAGCUGGCAGUAGUGUUUAACUUUCGCAAAAGCAUUACUACCAUUGAGGUCUAACAUUCAACAAAAGUGUGCCUUUUAAUUCAAACUGAGUGUUCAAACUUCAGAACCCUUUUUAAACAUAGUAUAAGAAAACAUAAGGAUUUUUUUUGUAUGGUUUUGCUGUAAAUUGUGUAAUUAAAGGUGUCACAUAUUUAAAUGUUUUUUAAGCAUCUGACAUUUGAAUAAAAUUUCUAACCUUAAAGUUGUUUCUUAAUGUU